AUGGCAGACCAGAAUUUAAUGGGCGACAAAGCCCCUUCAGUGGCUGUCAUUGGGCUAGGCGCCUUGGGACUAGUGGCUAUGAAGAACCUACUGGAAGUAGGAUUCAACGUCGUGGGAUUCGAUAAACAUCCAUAUGUGGGUGGUUUAUGGAAUUACAAUGAGCAAAAGGAUGCGAUUUCGGUUCUGCGCAGUACUGUGGCAAAUGGCUCAAAGCAUAGAGGUUGCUUUACAGAUUUCCCAUUUCCAGAUGAGACGCCAGACUUCCCACCAGCGGCAGAUAUGCAUCGUUAUCUAGUGUCAUAUGCAAAGCAUUUUGGCAUCUUACCACGCGCCCAGCUAAACACGACAGUACACCGUGCCGAGUGGAACCCAGAUACAAACCUCUGGGAAGUUGAAACAUCCACAGCUGGGGAGUCGCGGGUAGUUCGUUCUUUCGACAAGGUGGUCUACUCAAUGGGACCGGAUCAAAUCCCCAACAUCCCAUCUGUUCCGGGACUUGACUUGUUCGGAGGAGAAGCGGUGCAUUCUAUCGCGUUCAAGAGACCGGGGGACUGGGCCGGGAAACGAGUGUUGGUUGUUGGCUUUGGAAAUACUGCGGCAGAUAUCGCGUGCGAACUGGCAGGAACAGCCGACAAGGUCUAUUUGUCUCACAGAAACGGUAGCAUUGUGCUCCCCCGGUGGGUUGACAACAAGCCCGUGGAUCACAUCCGAACCUAUCGAAAGGGAGUUUUUCUCGAGCAAUUAUCCCGCUACGCCCCGGGUAUUUGGACCAAGCUUAUGAACAAGGUCAUUCUUGGUCUUCGAGACAGACUGUACGAUCUCAAACCAGAAUGGGGAUUCGAUCCAGCGCCAUCGGUCAACCAGGCCCGUCCCAUCAUUAGCGAUUACCUGGUUGAUCUUCUCACCCGUGAACAAAUCACCUCUAAGACUCCUAUCCAACAGAUCGUCGAUGCUAAGCGAGUUGAGUUUACUGACGGCUCGACUGCUGAAGUUGACGCUAUCAUAUGGUGUACCGGAUACACGGUUGACUACUCAAUUCUGGGGAAGAGCGAUCCCACAGUCUACCAUGAUUCCAAGUUACGCAGCGCGAACGGACGCAAGAUUCCCCGGCUAUACCAAAACCUACUCUCACUCGAGCACCCGGACUCACUAGCAUUUAUGGGUAACCUUUCUUUCAUGAACCCAGCAUUCUUGAUGUUCGAUCUAGCGUCAAUGGCACUAGGUCAGGUUUGGUCAGGACGCUCACCCCUUCCACCACGUGAAGAAAUGAUUGAGGCAGUGGACAAGCAACAUCAGUGGCUUGCUGAGCUUGCGACCAAGGGUGCUGUUACACCUGGCCUUGUCAAGGGGGCGGACUGGCUAGAUUGGGUCGAAGAGACUGCGGGACUCGGCAUGAGGGAGAAUCUCGGAUACGGAAUGCAAGGGUGGUGGUUCUGGCUAACUAAUCGCCCACUCUGCAAUGUGCUCAUGGAUGGCCUACUCUUACCGUUCCACUAUCGGUUGUUUGAGGGAAAGCGCAAACAAUGGGAUGGAGCAGAGGAGGCUAUCUUGAAAGUCAACGAGGAGUUGCGUGUCAAGAACCAGACGAAGAAGUGGCAGUAG